UUUCUGGGUCCAGUAGGUCCGAGGCAGCCGCUCCGCUAGGGCCGGUCUGACCGGUUUGGGCCGUCCCGCCUGGCUCUUUGCUGGGAGGAGCCGCCGCCAGUCGGUCCCUCGGUCCCUCCCCUGGGGACGCCCGCGCGUCCGGACCGGAGGGCAGAGGGGGAGCGGCUGCGGGAGCAGGCAGGCGCCGUCGGGGCCGGGCUCCCGCAGGGAUGGGGAAGGAGCAGCAGCUUUAUUACGGGAAGCACGGAACACCGCAGAAGUAUGACCCCACCUUCAGAGGACCCAUUUACAACAGAGGCUGCACAGAUAUCAUUUGCUGUGUCUUCCUCUUCCUGGCUAUCGUGGGUUAUGUAGCUGUAGGCAUCAUAGCUUGGACUCAUGGAGACCCUCGAAAGGUAAUCUACCCCACUGACAGCCGAGGCCAAUUCUGCGGGCAGAAGGGCACGAAGAAUGAGAACAAACCCUUCCUGUUUUAUUUCAACAUCGUGAAGUGUGCUAGCCCCCUGGUCCUGCUGGAAUUCCAGUGUCCCACCCCCCAGAUUUGUGUGGAGAAAUGUCCCAGCCGUUACCUCACCUACCUGAGUGCUCAUGCAUCUGAGGACUUUGAGUACUACAAGCAGUACUGUUUACCUGGCUUCCAGAAAAACAAGGGUGUGGCUGAAGUCCUUCGAGAUGGAGACUGCCCUGCUGUCCUCAUUCCCAGCAAACCCUUUGCCCAGCGAUGUUUCCCGGCUGUCCAUGCCCACAAGGGGGUCCUCAUGGUGGGCAACGAGACGACCUACGAGGAUGGGCUUGGCUCUCGGAAAAACAUCACGGAGCUGGUGGAAGGCGCCAAGAAGGCCAGUGGAGUCCUGGAGGCCCGGCAGCUGGCCAUGAGGAUAUUUGAAGAUUACACAGUCUCCUGGUACUGGAUUAUCAUAGGCCUGAUUAUUGCCAUGGUGCUGAGCCUCCUGUUCAUCAUCCUGCUCCGAUUCUUGGCUGGCAUUAUGGUCUGGGUGAUGAUUGUCAUGGUGAUCCUGGUCCUAGGCUACGGAAUACUGCAUUGCUACAUGGAGUAUGCUCGGCUGCGUGGUGAGGCCGGCUCUGACGUCUCCCUGGUGGACCUUGGCUUCCAGACGGACUUCCGAGUGUAUCUGCAUUUGCGGCAGACCUGGGUGGCCUUCAUGAUCAUUCUGAGCAUCGUUGAGGUUAUUAUCAUCUUGCUGCUCAUUUUUCUACGGAAGAGAAUUCUCAUUGCCAUCGCACUCAUCAAAGAAGCCAGCAGGGCUGUGGGAUACGUGAUGUGCUCCUUGCUGUACCCACUGGUCACCUUCUUCCUGCUGUGCCUUUGCAUCGCCUACUGGGCUAGCACUGCUAUCUUCCUGUCCACUUCCAACGAAGCUGUCUAUAAGAUCUUCAAUGAGACCAGCUGCCCAGUUGCUGGGAAAACCUGCAACCCCGAGACCUUCCCCUCCUCCAAUGAAUCCCGCCUGUGUCCUGGAGCCCACUGCCAGUUCGCCUUCUAUGGUGGUGAAUCAACCUACCACCGGGCCCUGUUGGGCCUGCAGAUCUUCAACGUCUUCAUGUUCUUCUGGCUGGCCAACUUCGUGCUGGCACUGGGCCAGGUCACACUAGCCGGGGCGUUCGCCUCCUACUACUGGGCCAUGAACAAGCCGGAUGAUUUGCCUGCCUUCCCGCUCUUCUCUGCCUUUGGCCGGGCGCUCAGGUAUCACACAGGCUCCCUGGCCUUUGGCUCCCUCCUUCUGGCCAUCGUGCAGGUCAUCCGAGUGAUACUGGAGUACUUGGAUCAGCGCUUGAAAGCGGCAGAGAACAAGUUUGCAAAGUUCCUCAUGAGCUGUCUCAAAUGCUGCUUUUGGUGUCUGGAGAAAUUCAUCAAAUUCCUCAACAGAAAUGCCUACAUCAUGAUUGCCAUCUAUGGCACCAACUUCUGCACCUCAGCCAGAAACGCCUUCUUCCUGCUCAUGAGAAACAUCAUCAGGGUGGCUGUCCUGGAUAAAGUCACCGACUUCCUCUUCCUGUUGGGCAAACUUCUGAUAGUCGGUAGCGUGGGGAUCCUGGCUUUCUUCUUCUUCACUCACCGAAUCAGGAUCGUGCAGGACACAGCACCAUCCCUCAAUUAUUACUGGGUCCCUGUAGUGACGGUGGUCAUUGGCUCCUACCUGAUCGCCCAUGGCUUCUUCAGUGUCUAUGGCAUGUGUGUGGACACACUUUUCCUCUGUUUCUUGGAGGACCUGGAGAGGAACGAUGGGACGCCCGAGAGGCCUUACUUCAUGUCUUUAACCCUCAAGAAGAUCUUGAACAAGACCAACAAGAGGCAGGCGGAGGCCUAGAGGCCCCACCCCCACCCUCCCUGAAGUUUCGCGAUGGGUGCUGGGCAGCUGGGUCAGAACCUCCAGCCCAUCGGGCUGACCUGAAGUCCUAUCACUGCCGCCCCCUUCCUGCCCCACCCGUCAUCCAGUUACCACCAGGGAACCUGCAGGAUUUAGGGCAUCGCCUUCUUAUGCCAAGGGCCAGAGUUUUCUGGGCACUUCCCCGCCUCACUACUUCGCACCCCACCAGCCAGGAUGAGAAGCCAGGUGGGGCUUCUUAAUAUCCAACAUGUGAGGGGCCUCUGUGGGCUGCCCUGCGGUUCCUGCCCCCUCUUACGACAGGACAGUAUUUGUGGCUGCAACAAGGCCAUUGUAACCUGCGUCUGCUCUGGCCAGGAUGCCAGAACUCUCUCCAGGCUGAACAACUGGCUACUGGCCACUGCAGGCAUUUCUUUCUUUUUAAACCUGGACAUGCAUUAAAGGGCCUGUUAGCUUUUUCUCUGUCUUCAUGGCUGAGAUGGGGCCGCUAAAGAAUGCUUUCUUAUAUCCCCUCCUCGGGUGUCGCUGUGUGCGCCCAGGUAGGGGUGUCUCCUGGCCAAGGAGGCAGUAGCUGGGGUGUCGAUGGGGUGGAGAAGAGGGAGGUAGGUUGUUGGGGCAGGGAGGCUGGGGGAAGGCUGGUGGGGAGCAGGGAGUAGGUUGGUAAUAGCGGCUUAAUGGAAACCGGCUGGCUGGCUGAGUCGGGCCAAAUUUCCCCUUUUCUCUGCCACUUAUUGACACACCUCUCUUUGUAAGAGAGAUAAGAAACUGAAUCCACCCAAGGGACGAUUUCGAAGAAAGGGGGGAUGGGGUAGAUGCCUUGGGCAAAUGGGCACCCUCCACCCCCAGUCUCCUCGCUUUGAGGAUCCUUUUGCCAAAUGUGUUGAAUUCGGGGGAACUGGUGUGCCCGUUCUCCCUUCGCCUUAUCUCAAGGCCCCCCGAUCCGGGAUCUGGAGAAACCCCAGCCUGGGGUUUCUAUCUCCUGUGCCUGCCUGGCCCCCUCCCCGAUUCUGUUCACACACCCCUAUGUGUAACUGCAUUCCAACCACUAAUAAAGUGCCUAUUGUACAGCG